AUGGAACAUCAGCAGCCGGUUGGAAUGGUUGUUGGCAACUUUUAUAGGUUGCUAAGGCAUAUUGGCGGCGGCAGCUUUGGAGAAAUUUAUGCUGGUGAAGAUACUCGUAGCAAUAAAAAAGUUGCGAUUAAAUUAGAACCUGCUAAAACGAAAUCUCCUCAACUAGAAAUAGAAUACAGAAUAUAUAACAUCUUUGCAGGUGGUAACAAUGUUCCUGAAAUAUUUUAUUACGGUAGAGAACAAAAUUAUAAUGUUCUUGUAAUGGAUUUACUUGGAUUAUCAUUAGAAGAUAUUUUUGUCGCUGGUCCAGGUAAGUUCAAUCUAAAAACAGUAUUAAUGCUAGCCGAUCAAAUGCUUACUUCGAUUCAAUACGUACAUGAAAAGAACUUUAUUCAUCGUGACAUUAAACCAGAUAAUUUCAUCAUGGGUGUUGGUCAACACUCAAAUCAAGUGUAUGUCAUUGAUUUUGGUUUAUCAAAGAAAUACCGAGAUCCUACUACUAAAGCUCACAUUCUUUACGUUGAAAAUAAAGCACUUACAGGUACCGCUCGAUAUGCUUCUAUCAAUGCUAUGCGAGGCUGUGAACAAUCAAGACGAGAUGACCUUGAAUCACUUGGUUACGUUUGGCUUUACUUUUUACGCGGUGCACUUCCAUGGCAAGGAUUACCCGCACGAACUACGAAACAGAAAUACGAAAAGAUCUUGAAAGUUAAGAUUGAAACAAGUUUAGAAGAUUUGUGUCAAGGAUUUCCCGAAGAAUUUGUUACAUACUUCAAAACUAUUCGAGAAAUGAAAUUUGCAGAUGAUCCCGAUUACGGUUUCCUUCGUGAUUUGUUCCGAAAUCUUUUCAUUCGUCUUGGUUUUUCAUACGAUUACAACUACGAAUGGUCACACUCUACACCAGUUGUUUUACCGAUGCCUAUCCUCAAACCAGAACUUCCACAUGUAGAACUUCCGAAACAACCACAAACACAACCAGUCACUCCUCACCAUUCUCCACGUGAAGAAAAGAAACAACAAAAUCAUUUCAAAGAAGACAUCAUUUUACCCACUCUUUCUAAGAAACAAGAGAAACGACGUGAAUCUCCUCUUCGUGAACCUAAAAAGCGAUUAGUUACUAAAUGGAAUCUUCCAAAUGACCAAGCAAUUCCUAUUCCUAUGGAACACCGUCCAUCAGGAGUUAACGGAAUGCAACUUAAUUUCCGUGUCUCUAAACUUCAGAUUCCAUUUAAUCCUCCUAAAACACAGUUACCUUCACCGAAACGUCCUAAGAACCAUAACAAUGUUAACAACAAGCGUUUAGUUUACAAGCGAUGGGGUGAAAACAAAUAUUAA